UGUUCUAAACAUUUUUGUGUACAUUCCCAGACGCACGCCCCUCCCGUCAGAGCGAAUCUCUUUUGAUUGACAUCUACCUUGACCAAUCACAGCAACCGAAUGUUUGUGAGGGGCGGGAUUUCCUUCAGCUUCAUCGCUGGAUGAUCUGCUGCAGCUCUAGGUGACACGUAACGAAAGGUACGCUCGGGCCGCUCCAAACUUCAGAUAAUUAACAAAAAGACCGCUUUUCACUAUGUAAAAAAAGUCCACAGAGCUUCGACCGAGCACGAGGACCGAGCACGACCGCGUUCCGUCACUUUUUUUUUUUAAUCUGUUGAAUGUCUUUGGAAAACUUGGCGGAGCGCGAGACUUUUGUAAACAUUUAGCAACUGCCCGCGAAUAUAAUGUUUCAUGAGGAAUCUCGGAGGGGACGGAGUUGUUUCUGUGCCGAAGAGUGAAGAGAAAAUCGUUCCCUGGAAAGUUUCUGUGGAAUCCAGGAGAGGAGGGAACAUGGGCAACGGCGUGUGCUCCAGGAAGCAGAAGAAGAUUUUCCAGUCUCUGCUGCUGGUCACGGUGGUGUUUGGCAUGAUAUACGGUGGGAUGUUUUCUUACGAGAUGCACAAACAGCUGAAGAGGACGGAGGAGAUGGCCGUGAAAUACCAGCAGCACCAGGAGUCUCUUUCCGCUCAGCUUCAAGUUGUGUACGAGCACCGCUCCAGGUUGGAGAAGUCUCUUCAGAAGGAGCGGCUGGAGCAUAAAAAAGCCAAAGAUGAUUAUCUCAUGUAUAAAAUAGAGGCUCAGCAGUCUCUCAACAAAGAAAAGCAAGAUUCCAGCGUCAGGUUUAAUUCUCUGCAUUCCCAGCAUCAGAUUUUGAAGAACCAGCACGAUGACCUAAAAAAGCAGUAUUAUGAACUACAAGAGCGACAUCAGCUACAAGAAGACGAACACAACAAGGCAGUAGACGAUCAUAAACAGAGACUCGACCAGCUUCAUCAGACUAAAGAGUCUGAGAUUUCCAAGCUUAAAGACAAUAUAUAUAACCUACGUGAAGAGAACAAGCAGCUGAGAAAAGCUCAUCAGGAAGUCUAUGUGCAGCUUCAGGACACCAGGCAACAGCACAAGAGCUUAAAAUCUGCCCAUGACCAGAUUGUGUUGACCCUGGAGGACCACAAGAGUGCGCUAGCUGCAGCCCAGGUUAGGGUUCAGGUGGAUGAAUACAAACAGCUGAAGGAAACGCUAAAUAAGAUGCCCAGUCUGAGACAUGCUGCAGAGCAGCCCCAGCCACACAUAGACGCUCAGCCCAUCCAGAACAGGAAAGCAGAGGAGCUCCAUCAACCCCAUGACUCUCAACCAGAGGUGGGAAAACAUGAUGAGGCUGAGAAGCCUCAGCAACACCACAGGCAGGAGGAUGGAGAAAUGGGAGGAGCAGAGGAGAGGAGGAGAGAGCUGGCAGAGGAGGAGAUGGAGCAGGCCGGGCAGCCACAGAAACUGGAGGAGGAGUUUGAUGUGGCGCAUAGUGAAGUGGAGGAGGAGGAGCCACAGGCCAACCAACCGGAUGAAAACGCGCUGGAGAGGGAGCGACAUCACGCUCAUGAGGUGGCGCCGGCUGAGGCUCACGCGAAGGUGGAGCGGGUGAAGUCAGCGUAUGAACAGCAGAAGGAGCAGCAGCGUCUGGCUGCACAGCUGGCGGAGGAGCGCAGACAGCUGCACCUGCGUCAGGAGGCCCUGCAGAAACAGCAGCUAGAGCAGCAGAAGGAGAGAGACAAGAGGCAGCGUCUCCAGAGAGAGAGAGAGGAGCAGCAGAACAGAGAAGCUGAUCUCAAAGAGCAACAACUCCGGCAAGAAAUGCUCCGAAAAAAGGCACAGUAUGAAAACAUGGAUGCUGAUAUAGUCCAGGGAGAAGAAGAGCCACAGAUAGCUGAGGAGAAAGAGGAGAACGUGCACCAUGAGGAGCCAAGGCAAGAUGAAGGAGAGCAUGUUCAUCAUGAAGAUGAGCAUCCUGUAGAAGCAGAUGUUGAUCCGGAGGACGACCCCAACAACCAGGGGGAGGAUGAGUUUGAGGAGGCGGAGCAACAGCAGCCCCAUGAGGAAGAGGAGGAGGAAGAGGCAGCACCGGUUGGCCACCCCGACAUGCACCUGGCCGUAGACAAUCAGCACCAGCCGCCCGCCGAUGAACAGCUGGUGAUGGCUGGAAACCCAGACCAACAGGAAGAUGCUCUGGAUGAGCAGUACCAGGAGGAUGGAGAUGAUGAGGCUCAGGAUGAGCUGGUGGAUAAUCAGAAGCAUGAGGCGGUGCGGGAGGAAGAGGGAGACCCGUAUAAUGAGGAGAAUGGAGAACAGGAUGAGGCCAGAGAUCAGGAUGUAGCGGUAAAGCAGGAUAAUCAGCCCGCCCAGCGUCCCAAUGAGGAUAACUACGAAGAAGAGGAGGAGGAGGAAGAAGGCAACGGUGAUAAACCGCCCAAUCGCAGGGCAGAAAUGUGAGGUGAUUGAAAAGAAGGACAGCUAAUUGCUGCCAACCGUUUGGAUUGGGUUUAACACCCGAUAUUCUUAAUCGUUGUGCAAGAAACGUCUCUGUUGGGUACUGAUGAAUAGUGAACCGGUUUCACUUCCGGUCUUUGUGACUCUGAAACCGAGAUGCACCAAAACGCCCAACCACUUACCGACCAAACGCCCUGCUGUCUGCCUUUACUGUACGUCUGUCUGUCGGUCGUUUCUUGUGAAUAAGUUCCAUUUAAAUGCUCUUUUAUCGUGCGUUUGAUUUCUUUGACUGGAUGACGAAACUCUUGCACUGAAAGUCUUGCCAAGUGCAAUUUUUGGUUACUUCUUCUCCACAUGCAAGAUAUAUUCCAUCUUUGAAGCGAAACAGCCUUAUUUUAGUAGUUAAGACUGAUUUUGAUGGACAGGCAGCAGCCACCAAUCAGCAUUGAAUCCUCACCUGGCCCCGCCCCCAAACUUGCAGCGUUAUUUCAAUCAUAUUGUUGAUGAAUAAUGCAGGAUGGGUUUGGCAGCAUGCUUGGGCCAACAGAUGUCACUACAUGAAUGUUUACAUGUAAUUCAAGCAGAUAACUGUAGCUGUCGAAAGCUCACGUUUUUAAAAGUUACUGUAUGUGUUUAUUUACCGUAGUUGAGUUAUAUGCCUAGAUGUGAACCAAAAUCAUUCAGUUAAAUACUGAUAUUCAUCUGCUUUUCACCAAGUGCCUAAUUCAGUUUAUACGAAAAAAAAAAUGGUUCCUGUCUUGCCAGGAUGAAUCGGUUACUGAUAUCUUUGUCGAAUGUCUCUCUUAUGGAAACACAUUUUUUUAUCAACUUUUUUUGUUUGGUUUUGAUCUGUAAACAACUAUUCUAGUAUAAACUAGUACUAGUGCUACUGGACCUGGUCCUCUAAGUCUUGUUGUCACUGUUAGACUUUAACGUGACAUCAGACAGUAGAGAAAUUAACGCCACGUUGAAAUGAGAAUUAAAGAGACAAUAUUCAGAUGUAAAUUUUUAAUAUGUGACGAGUAAACAAAAUUGCUGGAUUAGCUUAGUCAAAAUGAUUUGUUCUGAAUGUAUGCUAAAUCACUACAAUAUUGAAAAAUUGUAUUUAUUUUGUCUUGUAUUUACUUUGGGUUUUUUAUACAUUAUAUAAAAUGAAAUAAUCACUUUUUCUUUUUAUUAUUUUCCGGGACGCAUAGGAUUUUUAGAGUUAUUAGCUUUCCCGUUAAGUGUUCAGCUUUAAUAUUUUAUAUUUAAAACAAAAUAUCUGUACGUGUAUAGAUUUUUUUUCCCCCUCGAGUUUUGUAAAAGGAAGUCGAAUAUAAGUGUUGUGAGAAAUAUUUUUGUGCCGUUUUGUUGAUAUUGGCCAUGUGAGCGGAAUAAAAAUCGGUGAAGGA